AUGACGGUCUCCUUCAUCUUGGGUUUCGCUGUCGCGGCCGUCGUGCUGCAUUUCGUCCGUGUGCUGGUCACCUCCUGGAUCCAUGCUCGCAAGGCUCGCGAAUUGGGCUGUGGCAGCCUGCCUCUAUUUCCAUGCAAGGAUCCCUUCGGCGUCGAUAACCUGAAGGAGACGCUCGCCGCCGUCGGGGAGAAACGUCUCCCUGAACUGGGAGAAAGACGUUUGCGGGUCAUCAGCGACCAGGAGAACCGUUACGUCACAACAUAUCGCAUCCGUAAUCUAGGCCGCAUGCACAUCUUCACCGUCGACCCUAAAAACAUCCAAGCGGUGCUGGCCACUCAAUUCAAGGAAUUUGAGCUGGGCGAGGCCCGUCGCCGCAGCAUCCAUCCCCUGCUGGGCACUGGAAUCUUCACCGCCGACGGAGAGGAAUGGUCGCGGUCGCGAUCCUUGCUGCGACCCCAGUUUACCCGUGAACAAAUCAGUCAGUUGGAUCUGGAGGAACAACAUGUCCAAAAGGCCAUGCAUGCGCUCCCCGCCGGCGCCAAUGGGUGGACCGACGCGACCGACAUCCAAACCAUCUUCUUCCGGCUGACGAUCGACUCGGCGACCGAGUUUCUCUUUGGCGAAAGUGUCGAGAGCCAGCUGGGCGCGCUGAACGGCCUGAACCGACCGGAGGACUCGUUCGCCAGCUACUUCGACCGAUCGCAGGCGGUGGCAGCACAGCGGACGCGGCUGGAGAAACUGGCAUUCCUCGCCGAAAACAAGGAAACCCGACACAUGACCAAGCAAGUACAUGCGUUUGUGGACAAGUUCGUCGACAAGGCGCUGCGCACAGCCGAGACCGAGAAGAAGCUCCCCGACGAGGAGAAAACCUCGCAGUACGUGUUCCUGGACGCGCUGGUCGCCGUCACGCGUGACCCGAUCGAGCUGCGCUCGCAAUCCCUCAACAUCCUGCUGGCGGGCCGCGACACCACAGCGUCGCUGCUCAGCUGGACUGUCCUGCUGCUCGCCCGCCACCCGGAAGUGUUCCGCAAGCUGCGCGAGACGAUCGUCGACACCUUUGGCUCGUACUCGUCCCCCCAGAAUCUGUCCUUCGCCGCGCUCAAGGCCUGCCAGUACCUGCAGUACUGCAUGAACGAGUCGCUGCGCCUGUACCCGGUCGUCCCAUUCAACCGCCGCAUCGCCACCCGCGACACCACCCUGCCGCGCGGUGGCGGGCCCGACGGCCAAUCGCCCAUCUACCUGCCCAAGGGCCAGUCCGUCCUCUACAGCACGCAUGUCAUGCACCGCCGCAAGGACAUCUGGGGGGCCGACGUCGAGGAGUUCAAGCCCGAGCGCUGGGCCACCCGCAAGGUGGGCUGGGAGUACCUGCCGUUCAAUGGCGGACCGCGCAUCUGCAUCGGCCAGCAGUUUGCUCUCACCGAGGCUGGCUAUGUGCUCGCCCGUCUGCUGCAGCGCUUUGACCAGAUCGAGGAUGUCCAUCCCGAUCGUGAGAUCCGCUGGAACUUGAGCUUGACCAGCGCCCCUGCGGAUCUGGUUACCGUCCGCAUGCACCAGGCUGAGGAUGCCAACUAA